UCUGAUUCCUUUGAAGUUCCCACAUCAGCUGUGCUUUCGACAUGGAUGAGGAAGAGUAUGACCUGGCUCUGCUUACUGAGCUGCUGGAGGAAAAUGAGUCAGCUUUAGAAUGUAAUUCAGGGCAGAGUGGCUUCUCAACAGAGGAAGCCAGAGAACCCGAUGAAUUCAAUGACCUCUUUGAUGCGGAUAGUGACGGGGCAUCUUACAAAGAAGAGAUUGAUGAGCUUCUGGAGGACGAAUCUGGAGACCAAAAGGAAAAUGUGGCCACUCUCUUUGGAGAUGUCAAUGACCUGACAGAUGAGGAGAACGAAGAAGCCCAGGACACAGCACAAUCACUACAAUUAAGUCCCAUACCUCCCCCAGCUCCCAGUCAGGAGAAAAUUCACCAGGAGUUGCAAGAUGAAUUAAAGAAAUUGCAAGAACAGAUGAAGACAUUACAAGAACGGCUAAAAAUGACUACAAUUGGGAAGUCUGCAAACCCAGAGCCUUCACAGAAAUCCUCUGGUAAGCUUUCACUCCUCCCUCUUAAGGAGAGGCAAGUUCAGAAGAUUCAGGAGUCAUCUUUUUUUUCUGCCCAGCUUGACAUCCCUGCUCUGCCAAAACCCAAGCAAGUAGCCCAGAAGCCAAAGGUUUUACCGGCAGAGCACAAGAGUCCUCUUUCAGGAUCAUUACCAAGUUCAUAUUCUCAGCCCCUCAGAUCUACUCCUGGAAAUAAGCCCAGUGUAGGGACUAGAACCUCAAAUUUAGGGACAUCCGGAACUUCAUGUGGAACGGCUCAGACUGUUUCAGUGGAAAAGUUUACUGGACUCAGGUUAAGGCGGCCCCGAGUGUCCUCCACAGAAAUGGACAGGAAAAUGGCUGGCCGGAAACUGAUCAGACUGUCUCAGCUCAAGAACAAGUUGGCGAAUGAGAAAUUGGAAGAAAUAGACUGGGUGACAUUUGGGGUCGUAAUGAAGAAAGUCACACCUCAGAGUUCAAACAAUGGAAAAACCUUUAGUAUUUGGAAACUGAAUGAUCUGCGUGACCUAAACCAAAACGUCUCGUUGUUCUUGUUUGGAGAAGUCCACAAAGAACACUGGAAGACUGAGCAAGGCACUGUCAUAGGACUGCUUAAUGCCAACCCCAUGAAGCCAAAGGAAGGCUCAGAUGAAGUAUGUUUGUCUAUUGAUCAUGCUCAGAAGAUCUUAAUUAUGGGUGAAGCUCUUGAUUUGGGAACCUGCAAAGCAAAGAAGAAGAAUGGAGAGCCUUGUACACAGAUUGUCAAUCUGAAUGACUGUGAAUACUGUCAAUAUCAUAUACAGUCUCAGUAUAAGAAACUCAGUGCCAAGCGAGCAGAUUUGCAGUCUUCCUUCUCUGGAGGCAAAGUGCCAAAGAAAUACGCCCGCAAAGGCUCCAGCCUGAAAGAAAGACUAUGUCGGGACGGCUUUUACUAUGGAGGAGUCUCUUCUGAGUCGUAUGCAGCCUCAGUUGCUUCCACUACUGCUCCUAAGAAGACGAUUCAGACCACUCUGACCAACUUGGUUUUAAGAGGCACAGAUGCGAUUAUCCAAGAAACACGACAGAAAUUGGGUCUCCCACAGAAAAAUCAGUCGUGUUCUGAGGAAUUUAAACAGUUAAUGGAUUUGCCUACAAUUGGAGCAAGAAACCUAAAAAAACAUUUGGCCAAAUCCAAAUCACCAGGAGCUCUGGGAAACCCUUGUCCUCCCAUCCAGUCCAUCCCUGCGUCGGCUUUGCUGAAACAACAGAAACAACAUAUGUUGGAGAUAAGGAAAAAGAGAACCGAAGAAAUACAGAAACGAUUUCUUGAAAGUACAGCUGGAGUCAAAAGACCAGCUUCACUUUCCUCUUCAGAGAAGUCCCCUUUGCAGUCUCCAAGGCCAGGGGCAGAAUUUCCCAAGGUGAAAAGAACCCUCAGUCCACAGACCCCCAAGCUUGGACGAGGAUUCUCAGAAGGAGAUGAUAUUCUCUUCUUUGAUGACUCCCCCCCGCCAGGACCAAAGCUGAGUGCUUUCACAGAAACUAAGAAGUUAACAGCUAUUGCCAAAUUGAGAGCCAAAGGCCAGGUCCUUACAAAAGCAGAUCCAAACUGUAUUAAACGGAAGCAGUGUGACCUUCAGAGCGUAACAGAGCGUGUAGAGAAAAGCACCUCGUCGUCACCAGCUGAAGAUGACCUAGAACCUGCGGAAAAGAAACGUCGAGAGCAACUGGCCUACCUGGAGUCGGAAGAGUUCCAGAAAGUUCUCAAAGCUAGAUCCAAGCACACUGAGGUGUUGAAGGAGGCCGAGGCAGACCUACAGGAACGCUAUUUUGAACCGUUGGUGAAAAAAGAACAAAUGGAAGAAAAAAUGAGAAGUAUUAGGGAAAUGAAAUGCCGAGUGGUAACAUGCAAAACGUGCAACUAUACCCAUUUCAAACCCUUGGAGACCUGUGUCAAUGAGAGCCAUGACUACCACUGGCAUGAUGGUGUGAAGCGGUUUUUCAAAUGUCCCUGCGGAAAUAGAACCAUCUCUCUGGACAGGCUACCUCAGAAGCACUGCAGUAAUUGUGGCCUCUUCAAAUGGGAAAGGGAUGGAAUGCUUAAAGAGAAGACUGGGCCAAAAAUUGGUGGAGAGACUCUGUUACCAAGAGGAGAAGAGCAUACCAGAUUUUUGAAUAGCCUUAAAUAG